AUCGCCACGGUUUCAAUAACUAUACUGUGCAGGAGAGCUCCCCGGAACAACUGUUGAUGAAUGACAGCUUUACUACGCCCUCCUCUUCACUGUGGUGUGUGCAGCGAGCUUGUGAACAUACUUCCCAUGUCAGUUAUGAGUAAAAAACAUGCGAAACGUGGUAAAGGCAGACAAGGUGGCCGCAAGACCAGGAACGUCGUCAAGGGAAUCGUUGCAGUGCCACACAUCUAAUGUACGCUCCCUGGCUCAGGAGACCUGUUUAUAUAGAUCAUGAAUGUUGCCCUGGGUGUUGUCCUGCUUUCUACCGCUACAUCUUCGCCCCUCGCGGCCCAUAUACAGCCCUGCCCGGCCCCGCCUACUGCAUCUGUUCCACUAACGCAAACCGGGUACCAAGGGCCACUGGCGAGUGUGUGUCUAUAACCACUCUUCCCUACGCCACAAUGACGGGCCGGUGUGUUGCGGUUCCAGUUUUAGAAAACGUCUCGCUACACCACCAGCAACCUCCAAGCUACUUGUCCACUAUGGGCAACACGAGUUCUUGUUUAGGUCCAGUUCCAGCGCUGGUGCCUGAUCAGCCACCCAAAGAUGCAAGUGAUAAAGAAUGCAAAACAUUUGCUAGUGGGGCCUUUUCUGCUCCUCUGAGGCAGCUCCAACCCUCCGGGCUUGAUAACAACAAUGCACGCUGGGUAGCACCUCUUAAAAGAUACGGUCCGGCCCAGCCGCGAUCAAGGUACAUCGCCACGUGCCAGCUGAAGGGUCGAGGACGACUGAGGAGGGUGACGAAGCGAGUCGCUGGAGUCAGGACACCCCAGCCGUAUCAGAAACGCCGAAGGACCAUGGAGUCUCUUCAGAACCAUAUACUGCUGUUACCUGGCGAUGAAGAACUAACAGGCUGUGGGAGAAGCCAGAGAACGAGCGAGCAUCUCCCUCCAUACCUCGAUACCGACUACGAGGAAGAUGUAAUGACCUACCUGCUGGAGGUGGAGCAACGUUACCUGAUGACGCGUAGCUACUUGCCCAGUCAUCCCUCGGUCAACAAACUCACUAGAGCUAUCCUCGUCGAUUGGCUCAUCCAGGUUCAGAGCUACCUAGAGUUGUCGCAGGAGACGCUGUACCAGAGCGUGGCGCUGGUGGACCGCAUCCUGCAGGUGCGCUCCGUCCCCGUCCACAGGGUCCAGCUCCUCGCCAUCACCGCCCUCCUUAUAGUCACCAAGCUAGAGGAGAAGCACCCAGUAGAGACCUCGAUGUUGCUGCAGCUGACCCUCGACUCCUACACGCACGAAGAACUGUUGUCCUUGGAGCGUCACGUGUUGGUGGUCCUCGGCUUCCAGUUAACCUACGCCGACCCCUCGGUCUUCCUUAACUACUUUCUCUAUCUCACCUGCAACUCCAACGACCAAAUGGUGGUUUGGUGCAGUGGGUUCCUGGUGGAUGUGGUGAUGGUGGAGGAGUGGCCGCUGGAAUCCCGCCCUUCUCUCCUGGCGGCUGGCGCGCUCUACGGCGCCCUGCGCGUUCUGCGCGGGGCGCUGGCUGUUACGCCGCUCUGCGCAUUUAUGCCCACGUUCUUCGGACUGGACGAGGUUGACGUCGCAGCACAGAGCGUGCGUAUGCUUGAGGCUCUGGCCAAUCGAAGCCACUCCCGCUUCCAGGGGGCUGUGAACAAAUAUUUGAGCAAGUCUCACUAUAACUCCCUAGCCAAGCACUCCUGCCUUGCUCCUGACAACAUCCUCAUUGUUGUUGAACACACAAAGACCAGACUCUCUGAGCUACGAGGAUCGGGUGCUGCUGUUGUCAAAGAAACUCCACUUUCGGACAAGCCAGAUUCGCCAAAAUAUAUAGCAGUCAAGGAUAAAGAUAAAUUUGGAGUAACAGGCAGCUGGCAGACAGAGAACUCUGAGGCUCCUGUAGCAAUGGAUGCAAUGGUGUGUCCUUUGCACACGCAUUGUGGUACUCGGCAGUCUUUAGAUGUUACUGGAGAUUCAGAGGAAGAGACGAUGGAAAUAGUGGACAACUCUGACAUUCAGCUGUGUGCGUGUGCGCACGUGUAA